AUGGGUUCAAAUCAAUCGUUCCCUGGUCUAACGGAAGACUUGUUAGAAGACUAUUCUUCAUUAACGUACUUAAACAAAGGAGAAAUAUUGUAUUUAAUGAAAAAGUUCUAUUCGAUCGACCCUGGAAAAGUAGAUGCAGAUUUUCAUCAUAGAUUUGAAAAAGAAAUUAUAUUAAAAAAGUUUGAUGUUUUAAAGAAUAAUCCUUUCCAAGAUCGUCUUUUUCGCGUUUUCUCUUCUAAGAACGAUGAUUGUUUCUCUUUUGAGGAUUUACUAGAUUUGUGUUCGGCUAUGAGUUCAAAAUGUCCCACGGAUGUUAAAGCUUCGUGGGCGUUUAAAGUGUUUGAUAUAGAUGAAGACAGUCAAAUAUCAACAAGAGAUAUAAGUGAAAUUGUAGAUCGCCUAACGGGCGCUUCAAAGAGUCGCAUUUAUAGUCUUGACGAUGAAUCAAAAAGCAAAAUAGCAUACGUAAUCCUGGACGAAAUGAAGUUAACUAAUACUGGCGGUAUUGGCCUAAAUGAAUUUAAAAUUAUAAUGUCUAGGAUUCCGGAGUUCAACUCGUCAUUCUACUUCAGCUUAUAA